GGAUGGGGCAGCCCACUUCUGCUCCAGCCCAUGCUGAACCAGUUGGUCUUCCCCACCGUGGGCCACCCUUGGGGGCAGCUGGAAGCUGGGACACCAGGAUCUGUUCCCAAACUGGGUGUCCCAAGGUGCUGGUCCCUGCUCCCAGCUCUGCUGGGUGAGGGCUAGCAGUGCCCCAGGGCUGGGAGGGCAGGGGAGACAUCAGGGCUGUUUAACCAUUAAACCUGGAGCGUCUUGGAAGAGGCGGGGACACUGGCUUCCCUGCCACUUCACCCUGUACCUUGCUCCCUCUCACAUUCCCUACAGCCAUGAAGCAAACAAAAGGUAUGUGCCGGGACAGUGGGGCUUUGUUCUGCGGAGACCCUUCCCCACGAGACAUGCAUGUCUCCAGGUCCUGCUUCCACACGGAGCAAGGCAAUGUCAGAGCCCAGGCAGGCCACGGAAAGGAGCUAGAGGCAUCCAGGAAAAUGCAGAUGGACAUUCUAGGGGCGCUUGGCAGGAAUCUCCCCUCCUUGGGUUUGGGGGUCCUUCUGCUGCAAGAGGUGGGGAGGGGUUUUAUGGGGAGGUAUGCAGGGAAAGGCCUCUGUCUCCAUCUCCUGGCUCCAGCCAGCUCUCUGGGGCCCUGGUGACGCUUCCCAUCCUGCACUCAAAAGCCCUGUAAACCCCAGGACUGACCUCCGUCUGCAUACUGCCGCCUGGCCCUACUUUGCCCCCGGUGCUGCAGGACCCCGCUGGGCUGGGCAGUGGGUGCGCAUUGGACAAAAGCAGCAGGUGUCCUGCUGCUUUGAAAUGCAAGAGGACACUGGAGGUGGGGCCAAGGGCCAAGCUGAGCCUGGGCACAGGCUGUAGCCGGGGGGCAGAGUGGCUGGGGGGGCUGCAUGGACUUGGCAAACCCACCUCACCUGGCGUGGCAUGCUCAGCCUGCGAAUGGACAAGCCCUGAGUGCUCGAGAGCAUGGGGUCUGCUCCCGGCCCGCCACCUCCUGCGCUGACCUCUCCUCUCCCUCUGCAGGGCUCGAGGGUGACAAGAAGUCCAUCAUAAAAUUUGAAUUUAACCCCAAAGAUGGGAUCGACAACCCUGCCUUGUCGCUGACUGAGGACACGGAUGGCAAGGGUGUGGGGGAGCCCCGCUUCUACCUCCUGAGCAAGGGCAGCGCAGAGACCUUCGGCUUCUGCCUCCACGAGGAGCUGGGCUGCCAGGGCCACGUCAUCCGGCAGGUCGAGCUGGGGGGUCUGGCCCAGCGCAGGGGGCUGCAGGAUGGGGACCGGCUCCUCCAGGUUAACGGCCACUUUGUGGAUCACAUGGACCACCGCAGGGUGGUGCAGAAGAUCAAGGCCAGUGGCAACCAGGUCCUACUGGCGGUGCUGGACAGCAACUCCUAUGAAGCGGCCAAAGCCCUGGGCAGGGACCUGUCACAGAUGCUGCCAGCUGACAUCCGCCCCCGCCUCUGCCACAUCACGCGGGACAAAAGCGGUUUUGGCUUCAGUGUGUCCGGUCCAGAAGGCAUAAAGGGCACCUUCCAGCUGUCGGUGAGGCAGGAUGGGCCAGCGGAGAAAGCAGGGGUGCCACCAGGCUCCUGGCUCCUGGAGGUGAAUGGGGCCAGCGUGAGGAGCUACUCACAUGCGCAGCUCGCCAGAAAGCUUAAGCAGAGCGGCAGCAAGGUGACGCUGCUUGUGGCGUCCAGUGCUGUGGAGGAGUUUUACCGCCUGCGGGGCCUGCGGAUCACGGCUGCAUUGGCAGAUACCUCCUGGCUCCCCUUCAAGGUCCGGGAGCUGCACAUGGUGAAGGGUCCAGCUGGCUACGGAUUUCUGCUCAAAGAGGAUGACUGCAGCUCAGGGGCCACAGGCCAGUUCCUGUGGGAUGUGGAUGCAGGGCUGCCGGCCGAGCAGGCAGGGAUGAAGGAAGGGGACCGUCUCCUGGCUGUGAAUGGUGAGAGCAUUGAGGGGCUGGACCACCAGCAGACAGUGCUCAGGAUCCGCGCCCAUGAUGACCAGGUGACGCUGCUGGUCAUCGACCCUGCUGGCGAUGAGUUCUAUCAGUCAAUCGGGCUGUCCCCUCUGCUGUUCUUUGAGGACAGUGACCCUCCCUCAGGCUCCUGCACGCCCUCCUUGCCCUCUCCCAGUGGCUCCCCUGGACUCUGUCACAUUGAGGUGGGACCAAAGGGACCUGGCUCCUGGCUGGUGGCUGCUAGCAGCAGUAUAGGGUUCACACAGGUAACCCCUCUUGCCAGGCCUUUGUGGCAGUGCUGCUCACAGCCUGGCACUGCUCUGAGUCCUGGCACCCUCCUGCCCUGCCUGUCCUAAUAUUUCCCUGGCACCUGUGAUGCUGGCAGGAGGGGGCUGCCUGGUCCCCUGGCCACAGGGGCCAGGCAGAAAGACCCCUCCAACCUGCCCAUGGGGCAAGGGUGGAAUGUGGUGGGGUGGGUGGAUGUGUGCUGCCCACAAUGCCCCCACUGUGUCCCCGCAGAGCCCAUGCCAGGAGGAGCAGAGGAGGCUGCACCAGGCGUUCUAGCAGCCCAGGAGCACCCUGCCACCAGCAAGGCUCCCCCCCCCAGCACCUCGACCCAGGCCACGUCCAGCCCAUCGGUGCCCCCCGCCUGGCUCCCCGGAGAGGGCACGGCCAUCGCACACACACCUCACAGCAUCACACCCCCCAGAGACAUCUUCACUGACCGAGGCUGUCUCCAAGCUUUUAUUAACCGUGGUGGUGACUUCUUGUAACCUGAAGACAGACCUGUGUCUUUGCCUGCGCAGCUGCCUCCAGGGUUAUCUAGGGACAUUGCGCUGAAGCCCUUGCCCACCUCCAGGCUCCAGGAGCUCCCAGGAGACCUGAGGCAUUGCCCUCCACACCAUGACCCAGGGGACCGGGGAGCCUGAGGGGGCUUGGCUCAGCCCAGGGCUGGUCUUCGGGCCGCUGUGUGAAGGGGAAAGGAGCAGCGGAGGCCAAUGGGGCACUGGAGGAACCCCCCACCUUUCAGCCUGUUGGCUGAGGUCUGCCCCUGCACGGACAUCUCUCUUGUGCUCCUCCUCUCACCCUCCCUAUGAACCUGUGGGCAUUGAGUGUCUGCCACCCAUCACAGCACUGUUCCUGCAUCACCCAUUUGGGGUGUGAUUAAAGGACAAAUCCACA